AUGCCGUUGCCAUCGCACAACAUUGAUGAACUCCACAGCUUGAAGGUGGAUGGUUUCUAUCCUGACACCAGAAAGGAUGAGGUUUGGGAUUUCUUUCAAAAGUGUGGUCGUAUUGGUGAUGUCUACUUGCCGCGAGACCACGAUACCCAGAAGAACAGAGGUUUCGCCUUUGUUCGUUUCUUCGACAAGAAGGAUGCAGAGAUGUGUGUUCAGGACAUGGAUGGUCAGAUGUUUCAAGGAUCCAAAUUGCGCGUGAAUUUUGCGCAGGUGGGUCGAGGUCCAGAACCUCGCAGGGAACCUGGCCGAAGAGGCCGAAACAGUUCCUCGCAAAGCUACAGGAGAGGCAGGAGAGAACGAAGCAGAAGCCGAAGUGAUCGAAGAAGGGGCAGGAGUCGGUCCAGGCGCAAAGGAAACAAGCUCCGCUCCAAGAGAGACCGAAGUCGUACCUCCAGGAGCGAUUCCAGGAGAUGA